GUUGGUGUGUGCACAGAACAGAACAGAGAAGAGAAACUUCCUUGACUGUAGAGCUGACUUCUGACAGAGUGGCGAGGACGCUUUUUCAAAUGCUCAAUGCAUUUUAAUUUAAGAUAACCUGAGAGGUUUAUCAGAGGACCAUGAGCCGAGGAUCUAAAAGUAAAACGGACAGCAUACCGAGCUCUCUGCUGAGCCUUCAGGAGAAUGAGAAGCUGGAGGAGCUGCUGGGCAGAAGGUGUGCUUCCAUGGCCACUGCAGUGGCUCAGUUGUUCAUGGCUCUGCCUCACAGUCCAUCCAUGUGGAGCCUGCAGCACACUGGAGUGGUUUGCUUCGUCAAAGACAACCCUCAGCGCUCCUACUUCAUCCGGAUGUUUGAUUUGAAGGCAGGAAGACUGGUUUGGGAGCAGGAGCUUUACAACCAGAUUGUUUAUUCGUCACCACAGCCGUUCUUUCAUACCUUCCAUGCAGAUGACUGUCAAGUGGGGCUGAACUUCUCAGAGCAACGGGAAGCAGAGGCCUUCCAAAAUGCUGUCGAGGAGAAAAUCAACCAGAGAAACAACCGUCAAGAAAAGAAACAGCGCCCUCUGCCGACUAAUGACAGAAGUUCCCUGCCUCCGCUCCCACCAGAAAAAGGAUCUGGAGGCCCUGGUUCUUUCCACAUGGCCACAGUGGAUAUCCAGAACCCAGAUAUCCAGUCUUCACGCUAUCGCUCGAUGCCUUCACCUGCUGCUACCUCAGUUCUGUCUGGCAAAGGAAAAAAGGACAAAAAGAACAAGAAAAAGGGCCCCAAACUCUCCAAAGCAGAUAUAGGAGCACCCAGUGGGUUUAAACAUGUCUCUCAUGUCGGCUGGGACCCCACCAACCUUGACCCCGACCUGUUGAAGCUUCUCUCUCAAGCUGGCAUCGGAGAGGCUGACAUGAAGGAUGAACACACCUCCCAGCUCAUCUACAACGUCAUCGAGCAGUCAGGAGGCAUGGAGGCGGUCAAAAGGGAGGUGAACAGAGGAGCUGCUGGACCUCCACCACCUCCACCUGGCAGACAGGGACCCCUGCCUCCUCUGCCGGGCUCUGCUCCAACCCCUCCACCCCCACGAGGCCGCUCUGGCCCCCUGCCUCCCAUCCCCGGCCAAUCACAGCGAGGACCCCCGCCCCACCAGCCUCCUCCAGCACGUGGAGGCGUGCCACCCCCACCUCCAUCAAGCCGAGGCGGCCCUCCACCACCGCCGCCACCGGCACACUCAUCACCUUCUCAUUUCUCUUCACCACCAUCCUCCAGACCUUCUCAUGGCUCACCCUCCAUGUCCUCCCACAACCUGCCUCCUCCUCCUCCGCCAAGCCAACAGCGCUCUACGGGUUUCCCACCUCCUCCUGUCCCAUCUACACCCAGCAGAGGAGGAGGAGGAGGAGGAGGAGGCCCGCCACCUCCGCCUCCUCCUCCACCACCUCCUCCUGCUCAAACAGCUUUCCCACCUCCUCCUCCUCCUGUCUCUGGUGGACCUCCACCACCUCCUCCACCAUCCGUUGGAGGAGGAGACAGCAGAGGAGCUUUGCUCGAUCAGAUCCGACUGGGGAAGAAGCUCAGAAAUGUGACAGACACUCCUGAUUCAGCUCCACCUACACCAUCAGAGUCAGGCGAGGGCAUCGUUGGUGCUCUCAUGAUGGUUAUGCAGAAGCGGAGCAAAGUCAUCCAUUCGUCUGGUGAAAGCGAAGAUGAAGGCGGUGAUGAUGAUGAUGAUGACGAUGAAUGGGAUGACUGAUGUGUUUGCGUAUUUGUGGUUUUUAGUUUUAACCUCUGAGCUGGAACACUGUUCCAUGUGAAGAUCUGUUACAUGUUCAAUAUGUGCAAACUUGAGUCUUAUAAGUGAGAAAGUGUAUAGGCAAUUAAGUAAAUAAACAAGAAUUUCAAUAUACAAAA